ACUUCCGGCUCAAAUCCCGAUCAAGUACGACAUGGAGACGACGUUUGCCGAGGCCCUGAAGACUUCUCUAGCCCCAAGGUUGCUCAUCGUUGAAGACGACAGCGAGGAUGACAGUGUAGAGGCGGAGAGUCAGCCGUGGGAUUGUCUGCCGUACAACGUUCUCGUUAAAAUAUGCAGCUUCCUACAGGGGAGAGACCGCUGCAAGAUGGCCCAAGUGUGCACCACCUGGAACGAGGCGACCAAGAACCCCACCCUCUGGAGGAACCACGUCUUCUACCUGUACUCCAACAGCGAGGCCCCCCGGGGCCUGAGCUGGCUGAGCUCCCGGGUCCACUACCUGCAGAACGCCACCAUCAUGUGUUUCGGCAACUUCGACCGGUACAGGGACAAGUUCCUGAGGGCGCUACAACGUGCGGACCUGCUGAACCUGGACAUUAACGGCACCGCUUAUUGGUGGUCGGCGACACCAGGUAAGUCGACCUGCACCCGUGUGAUAGCCAGAAUCAUCCGGCUCCUGAAGACCCAGCGGCGCCUGGUGGGGUUCCAGAUGCGACAAGCGAUGCUGGACUUCGCCAUGGGCAUGGACCUGCUGGACGCCAUCGCCGCGUCCUCGGGCGAUAGCCUGCUCAGGCUGGGCCUGGAGGAUUUCUUUGGGGACGACAUCGUGCUGAGCUCGCCCUCCGUCCCGGAGCGGUUCACCCGCUGCAUGAUGCGGUUCCCCAACCUGAACGACUUCACGAUCAACUAUGAGUACCUGACGGAUCAUCUGCUCAAUUGGCUGACGGAGAUCGGAAGGAACAGGGUCAUCCACCUAAACGUGGUCUCCUGGCUAGCCAACAUUCCCAUCCCGAUCGUGUCCAGACAAGCUUGGUCUGCCAUGUCCAGGUUUUCUAACGUUCGUGUGUACCUUAUUCUUCAAAACAUCAGGAGCAUCAAAGAUGUGACGCGAGCAGUCCUGCUGCCUGGCAUCCCCAUGUACCGCCUGGAUCUGGUGGGCAUCGCUGCCCUGGGGGACGAGGACGUGCAGGACAUGGUGGACAUGCUACAGCACGUCAGCGCCAGCUACGCGCAGACGAUAGCCGGGUUUAGGAUGUGGAGCGACAACAACGUGUGUGAGGAGAUCGAGACCGCCAUCCUCAACAUGCUGGAGAAGACGACCAGCCUGACCUAUCUGGACCUGCACAUGGACGUCCACGCCCAGUUCAUGGGCACCCUAUGCACCCUGCAGAUGAAGAAGGUCAUCAAGCUGCAGACGCUCAGGCUGGCCCGGUCACUCACGGACUAUUUGGAGUUUGAGGGGUUCCGGCGAGAGGUCAAGCAGUGGUUCCCGUUUUUAAAGCAAAUGAAAAUCGACUUCCACAUUCGGGCGGAAAGUGCGCCAAAUCACAGCGCGUGGAACGAAUACGUCUUCAUCAUCGCCGACACGGCAGGCAUUGUUGAUAGCGAGGAAGACAGCGCCCCCACUUCCGGUAACCAGAACGCAAACAACAAAAACAACAACAACAGCAUAAGUUUCCCCAAGUGGAGUAAGUUCCGGUACGCUAGACCGCACAGUUUUUCGGUAGCCUCACAGCGAACUAGAGAGAGGGCUCGUGUUUUGAAAAAUCGGAUUUCUGUGUAACAUUUCGUGAAAAAAUAUUGAUAACAGCCACAAGUCAAGACCGAUGCAGUGUUUGUAUUUUAAUAAUGAUACGCUAUGAAAGCAAAUUUGAAAGUUAUAAUAAGCCUUAUAAUAAAUUAUUGUUUAGAAAUUGUAGAAUAGAGAAAAAAAUUAUAAACUACUUUCACACAGUACACCAUUUAUAUUGUCUUCUUCUAUGAGAAUAAUUUAAUUGAUACUUGAAGAUAAUUACGAUAAUAGUAAUUAGCACGAGGCUGUUCAUUAAACUCAUCAUUAUCUUUACAUUGCUUUUGACUUUAAAACUAAAAUUAUUUUUGAUAAAUUGUAUAUGGACUAUUUGUAUAUGUUUAAAUAUGUAUAUACAUGCAUAUGCACUUUUUAUAUACAUAUAUUUAG